UUGAGCGAGGAGGACUUAGCUCCAUCUAAAUGGACUCUUUUUUCUUCCUCCGUAUAUCACAAUAAUUGAUCCCAAAGUACUCAUUUCUGUCAUCCACAGAUUCGAAAGUUCCUCCAUUAUCAGUAUGUACCUCCUCUGAGAAGCCCUCCUUUAGAAAAUCAGAAAUGGCCUUCGUCCACCAAUCCGACGGCGUUUCGCAGGAUUUCAAUUCCGAGCUAGUAGGAACUCCGCUUCUGCAAGAACUCGACACAGUGAACGGCGCCGUCGACUACAAAGGCCGACCGGCGAUCAGAUUCAAGUCUGGCUACUGGAGAUCAGCUUGCUUCAUCAUAGGUGUGGAAGUGGGAGAGAGGAUUGCGUUCUAUGGGAUCGGAUCCAACCUCAUCACUUUCUUGACGGGGCCGCUCCGGCAAACCACGGCCACAGCGGCGAAGAAUGUGAACGUUUGGGAAGGAACGGCGUCGUUGCUGCCUCUGUUUGGUGCUUUGAUUGCUGAUUCCUAUCUUGGACGCUAUCGAACCAUUAUUGGAGCUUCUCUUGUCUACAUGGUGGGACUAGGCUUGUUGACACUGUCAGCGAUGCUUUCUUCAUCCACUACAUCUGUGGGUGAAGUUGAUACAGAGUUAGCAUCAUUUUCUCCGAAGUUUCAAGUGAUAUUGUUCUUUAUCUCACUAUACCUCGUGGCCAUUGGACAAGGAGGUCAUAAGCCUUGUGUUCAAGCUUUUGGAGCUGAUCAAUUUGACAAUAACCAUCCAAAAGAAUGCAAAGCCAGAAGCUCAUUCUUUAAUUGGUGGUAUUUCACUAUGUGUGCAGGCUGCUUGCUCACUCUCUCUUUCUUGAACUACAUUCAAGAAAACCUAAGCUGGGUUCUUGGAUUUGGAAUCCCUUGCCUUGUAAUGUUCAUUGCUCUGGCUGUUUUCUUGUUUGGAACUAAGACUUACAGGUUUCACUUUGAAAGGAACAAUAAGAGUCCAUUUGUUAGAAUUGGCAGAGUUUUUGCUAGAGCUAUAAGAAACCGACAGAUUACCAUAUCAGACAUUGCUAUCAAAGAUGAAGCUUGUAAUAUCACUCCUCACCAAUUUUCCAAACAAUUCAAGCUUCUGGAUAAGGCACUGUUUGCACCAAAAGGAUCUAAAGAAGAGGAAGCUUGUAGUAUUAGUGAGGUGGAAGAAGCAAAGGCUAUACUUAGGCUUGUUCCUGUUUGGGCCACAAGUUUGGUGUUUGGUAUUGUUUACGCUCAAGUUCGAACUUUCUUCACCAAACAAGGUGUUAUUAUGGACAGAACAGUAUGUCCAGGUUUUGUUAUACCUGCUGCUUCUUUACAGAACCUUGUCACUUUGGCCAUUGUUAUUUUCAGUCCCAUCUAUGAUAGGAUAUUUGUACCAAUAGCAAGAGCUAUCACUAAAAAGCACUCUGGAAUCACAAUGCUACAAAGAAUUGGGACUGGAAUAUUUUUGUCUGCAAUUACCAUGGUGAUGGCAGCUCUUGUUGAGAUGAAAAGGCUAGAAGCUGCAGUUGAAUUUGAUCUAGUUGAUAAACCAGAUGCUAAUAUACCAAUGAGCGUGUGGUGGUUGAUUCCCCAAUUCUUCUUAUUUGGAGUUGCUGAGGUUUUCACCAUGGUUGGUCUCCAAGAGUUUUUCUAUGAUCAGGUACCAGAUGAAUUAAGAAGCAUGGGUCUUGCCCUUUAUCUAAGUGUAGUUGGUGUGGGGAGCUUUUUAAGCAGCUUUUUAAUCUCUUUGAUAGAGGAAAUAACUGGUAAAUAUGGAAAAAGGAGCUGGUUUGAUGAUAAUCUUAAUCAAGCACAUGUUGAUUACUUUUAUUAGAUACUCGCUGGGCUCAAUGUGAUGGGAUUGACUUUAUUCAUCUUCAAUGCGAAAUCUUACAUCUAUAAUCAGAAAGGAAGUGCACGAGGAUAACAUGUUUCAUUUUGUCAUUUCAAUGUGCAAUAGGAAAAUAUAACAUAUUGGGUAAAAUGUACUGUUAAACAAGAACAGGGACUCACGUUGGAGCAAAAUCUGUUGUGCAAUAUUUGUUCUUUUGAUGUAAUGUGAAAGAUUUUGAAUAUUCUUUAGUAGUUAGGAUUUUGAUAUUUGUGCUGUACAUUUCGCAUAAAAUGAGCAAGAAAGUGGAAGAACCUUGGGAAUGUAA